CCCCCUCGAGCAGACAUGGCCUCAGGUGCCAUCCCCGCGGCCGUGAAGAUUGGAAUAAUUGGUGGAACAGGCCUGGAUGAUCCAGAAAUCUUAGAAGGAAGAACUGAAAAAUAUGUGGAUACUCCAUUUGGCAAGCCUUCUGAUGCCUUAAUUCUGGGGAAGAUAAAGAAUGUUGAUUGCAUCCUCCUUGCAAGGCACGGGAGGCAGCAUACCAUCAUGCCCUCGAAAGUCAACUACCAGGCAAACAUCUGGGCCCUGAAGGAGGAGGGUUGCACACACAUUGUAGUGACCACUGCUUGUGGGUCUUUGAGGGAAGAGAUUCAGCCCGGCGAUAUUAUCAUUAUCGAUCAGUUCAUUGACAGGACCACCAAGAGACCUCAGACCUUCUAUGAUGGAAGUUCCUCCUGUGCCAGAGGAGUGUGCCAUAUUCCAGCAGCUGAGCCAUUCUGCCCCAAAACGAGAGAGGUCCUCAUAGAGACUGCUAAGAGGCUAGGACUCCGGUGCCACUCAAAAGGAACAAUGGUCACAAUCGAGGGACCUCGUUUUAGCUCCCGGGCAGAAAGCUUCAUGUUCCGCGCCUGGGGUGCAGAUGUGAUCAACAUGACCACAGUUCCAGAGGUGGUUCUUGCUAAGGAGGCUGGAAUUUGCUAUGCCAGCAUCGCCUUGGCAACAGAUUAUGAUUGUUGGAAGGAGCAUGAGGAAGCGGUUUCGGUGGACCGGAUUUUAAAGACCCUGAAAGAAAAUGCCAAUAAAGCCAAAAGUUUACUCCUCACUACCAUACCCCAGAUAGGGUCCAUGGAAUGGUCGGAAACUCUUCAUACUCUGAAGGAUAUGGCCCAGUUUUCUGUUUUAGUACCAAAACAUUAAAAUAGCCUGGCUGCCCAGAAGACAAGAAGACUUUCUAAUUCUACACAUUUGGGGAAUUCCUGCUUAACUUUAAAAGACAUGCAGCUUUCAUGCCCUUGCCUGCUAAGGAAGAACAUAUAAGACAAGACAUUGCAUGAAUCGGAGAUUCCUUCUAAAACAGACUUGGACUGCUUCA